UUGAGUUUGCUCCAACCUGAGGAGCGCCAGCCCAGCAGCAGCAGCAGCGCCUGCUAAACCCGCUAUAGCGGAGGCUAGUACAACCCGGGUCCGGGGGUGGUCGAGGGACCAGGCUACCGACAGAGACACACUGCGCUGCGUGGCUGUGGGGUUUUACCUGAGUGGAUUAAGAAGGACAGUAAUGCUACCGGGAGCUGAGAGUCGGCUCUGAGUGCUGUGGUCUUUUAUUUGUCGAUUAAUUGAGCAGGUUUGCCAAAUCCCUUAACGGAGAACACCAGACGCACCACAAACAACUGAUCCGUGUUAUAUAGCUGAGUUACUGCUGCAGCCGCUGUGCUGCUCUUUACACGAAAGAGAUGAUUGUUUGUUAGUUUUUUAGUAGGUAAGGUAGUUAGCCAGCUAGUUAAUCUACAAAUACAUAACAUAACUAUUUUAGUUUGUUUGUCGUGAUGUUACACCUUAUAAAAUUAGUUAAACCAUAAAACGUUAGCUAGCUAGGUAGGUUAGUUGGGUUAGCCAGCUUAGCUUGCGCACUAGCUAGGUAGCCAUAGCUACAGUGUUGGGUCGUUUACUGUAGCAUUAGCUAGGCUAAGCUAGGUUAGCUAGCUGGCUAGCCAGUUGUUUACACGUUAAAAUGGCUGCUGAGGGGUCUUCUGAAACAACAGAAUUAAUAUAAUUGUGUAUUAUUUUGAAGGUUAUACUUGUACUCUCAGUUUGACACACACACACAAUUUGGAGCUAUGUGUUUUUGUCGGUAUUUUGUCUGCUUUGGGGAAUUUUCCAUCCUUAGCGUUUGGUUAACCGCAGAAGGUAGCUAACCUAGUGGUAGCUAGUUAGCCAUAUAGCUUUAACUAGCUAGCAUUAACUAACGGUAGGCUAUUUAUUCCCUUGUUUCAAUAGAUACAUAGAAAGUAAUAUAGUUAGCUUCAUAAACCCACCUAGCUAGCUAGCUAACAACAAGCACUGCAAGCCAUCAGUUAUCAAAAAAACAGAGGGGAUGAUAACGUUGCCCUGCGCUUUAUUUACAAUAUGAUUUCUUGACACAAAUGUCAAUAUUUUGCUACUACCUAAAAUAUUCAGCUCCAGUUUAAGGACGUAAAGGAGUUAAAGCAGGACUCCGGUUUCUGUUCAAGCUAAACUAAGCUAAGCUGGCUGGCUAUGUCAUUCUCGGAGUAUCCAUAAUCUUCAUGGAGUGGAUAUCCCCCUCCUGCUAAUUGAAACAAUCUGGGCAGUUUCACUAAGGAUCCAAGCACCGGAGAGCAAGGCCCUCGGAGUAAACACGCAGUAAAAAUGGAUGCUGCCAAAAUGUUCAGGACUGAACUGUUUGCCCUUAGACGACGACAGGACGCUCUCACCUGCUUCAGACUGCAGGGUAUGAACACAUAUUUACUGCUCUGUGCAAUGUUCUCCCUGGUGCUCCUCACGGAUGCCUCUCCCUCUAAAACCUGUGAGAAGAACUGUCUCUCUGGGAAAUGUGUCAACGGAUCGUGCGUCUGUGACCGAGGAUGGGUUGGGGACCAGUGUCAACACUGUCAGGGAAGAUUCAAGUUGACCGAGCCUUCGGGGUACCUAACAGAUGGCCCCAUCAACUACAAGUACAAAACCAAGUGCACCUGGCUGAUUGAGGGCUACCCAAAUGCUGUCCUGAGGUUACGCUUUAACCAUUUUGCAACAGAAUGUAGCUGGGAUCACAUGUAUGUCUACGACGGAGACUCCAUUUAUGCUCCUUUAGUAGCGGUGUUCAGUGGUCUUAUUGUACCAGAGGUUCCAGGGAAUGAGACAGUACCUGAAGUGGAGACCAACUCUGGCUAUGCACUCCUACACUUUUUCAGUGAUGCAGCCUACAAUCUGACUGGAUUUGAAAUUUUUUACUCGAUAAACUCAUGCCCAAAUAACUGCUCAGGCCAUGGAAAGUGCACGACUUCCAACUCCAUAGCGAGCCGUGUGUACUGUGAGUGUGAUAAAUACUGGAAGGGCGAGGCCUGCGACAUCCCUUACUGCAGAAACAACUGUGGCAGUCCGGACCAUGGCUACUGCGACCUCACUGGAGAAAAGCUGUGUGUGUGCAAUGACAGCUGGCAAGGUCCGGAUUGCUCUCUAACAGUGCCCUCUACCGAGUCAUACUGGGUCAUGCCUACCGUCAAGCCGUUCGGGACAUCACUAGGCAGGGCAUCCCAUAAGGCAGUGGUUCAGGAGAAGGUUAUGUGGGUUGUGGGCGGCUACACGUUUAACUAUAGCAACUUCCAGAUGAUUCUAAAUUAUAAUCUGGAUACUGGCACGUGGAACACUGUGGCCAGCAGUAGUGGGCCUCUGUCGAGAUAUGGUCACUCCCUCACACUCAAUCAGGAUGAUCUCUACAUGUUUGGGGGAAAGCUUGAAAUGGGCUCUGGUAAUGUCACUGAUGAAUUGUGGGUGUUCAACAUACCAAGCAAGUCGUGGUCUCUGAGAACGCCCAGCACUCCCGCUCAUGGGCAGGUCUAUGCUGUGGAGGGCCAUUCAGCACACAUAGCUGAGCUGGACACUGGCGAUGUGGUGAUGGUUGUCAUCUUCGGCUAUUCGUCCAUUUACAGCUAUAUCAGCAACGUGCAGGAGUACAACAUCAGAACAAACACAUGGCUCGUUCCAGAGACAAAAGGAGCCACAGUUCAGGGGGGCUAUGGUCACAGCAGUGUGUUUGACAGUGGCAGUAAGAGUGUGUAUGUCCACGGUGGCUACAAGUCCCUGCCUGCUAACAAGUAUAGCCUUGUGGAUGACCUGUACCGUUACGAGGUACACACUCGCAUAUGGACUAUUCUAAAGGAGAGUGGUUAUCCGCGGUACCUUCACUCAGCUGUGCUGCUGGGAGGCACUCUGCUGAUCUUUGGAGGAAACACUCAUAAUGAUACAUCGCUUAGCAAUGGAGCAAAGUGCUUCUCUGCUGACUUCCUGGCUUAUGACAUUGCAUGUGACGAAUGGAAGGUUCUCCCCAGACCAAACCUGCACAGAGAUGUUAAUCGCUUUGGACAUACUGCUGUCACCAGUAAUGGGUCCAUGUACGUGUUUGGUGGUUUCUCCAGUGUGCUACUGAAUGACGUACUGAUCUAUAGGCCGCCCAGCUGUGAGGCGUUUCUGGGGCAGGAGCGCUGUGAGGCUGCAGGUCCAGGGGUGCGCUGCGUGUGGAGGAAAACACGCUGCAUCUCCUGGGAGCCUAGCUUUACCAGCAACACCAUACCUGCUGCCUUCUGCCCUGCCAAACCUGCUCCAGUGGAUGAGAGGUGCCACCGCUUUUCUGACUGCACUAGUUGUACUGCUAAUACUAAUGGCUGUCAGUGGUGCGAUGACAAGAAAUGCAUCUCAGCCCUCAGCAACUGCACUGCUAGUGUAAAAAACUUCACUAAGUGCUCCAUCAGAAAUGAACAGAUAUGCAGCAAGCUGGCAAACUGCAAGAGUUGCUCCUUAAACCUCAACUGCCAAUGGGAUCACCAGCAGCAUGAAUGCCAUGCCUUGCCUGCCAAGUUGUGUGGAGACGGCUGGAGUCAUGUCGGGGAGGCCUGCCUGCGCAUCAACUCCAGCAGAGACAGCUAUGACAAUGCCAGACAUUACUGUAAGAACCUGGGUGGCAUCAUCGCCUCCCUGUCUACUGCCAAACAGGUGGACUUUAUACUGGAGGAGCUACAGAAAUACCAGCAGCAAGAGAAGAAGCUGUCCCCCUGGGUGGGCCUGAGGAAGAUUAACGUGUCCUACUGGGGAUGGGAGGACAACUCUCCAUUCACAAACACCUCUCUGCAGUGGCUGCCAGGGGAGCCCAAUGACUCAGGUUUCUGCGCCUACCUGGAGAAAGCGCAGGUCUCCGGCCUCAGGGCCAACCCUUGCAAUGCCAAUACUGAUGGACUCAUCUGUGAGAAAGGAGUCGAGAGUCGUAAUGCUCGUCCAUGCAAGAUGCCCUGCUCUCUGCACGUCACCUGCGAGAACUGCACAAGCCAGGCCACAGAGUGUAUGUGGUGUGGAAGCACAAAGCGCUGUGUGGACUCCAACGCCUACGUCAUCUCCUUCCCAUACGGCCAGUGUCUGGAAUGGCAGACUGGAGACUGUGUGUCUCAGAACUGUUCUGGUUUCCGAACAUGUGGUCAUUGUCUGGAGCAGCCGGACUGUGGCUGGUGUGGAGACCCCAGUAACACUGGCAGAGGGCAGUGUGUGGAGGGCUCCUAUCGAGGACCCAUGAAGAACCCCCCUAAACACAGCCAGGACAUGGUGCUGGAUACUGGGCUCUGUCCAAAAGAGAGAGGCUUUGAAUGGGCUUUUAUUCAGUGCCCUGCGUGUCAGUGUAAUGGGCACAGCACAUGUGUGAACGGCAGUGUGUGCGAGCAGUGUCGGAACCUCACCACCGGCCCACACUGCGAGACCUGCAUGGCUGGUUAUCAUGGAGACCCCACCAAUGGAGGAAAGUGCCAAGCCUGUAAGUGCAACGGGCAUGCCAACGUGUGCCAAGUGCUGACGGGGAAGUGUUUCUGCACCACCAAGGGGAUUAAAGGAGACCAGUGUAACCUAUGUGAUUCAGAAAAUCGUUACCUUGGCAACCCUCUGAGAGGAACCUGUUACUACAACCUGCUAAUUGACUACCAGUUCACCUUCAGUCUGCUUCAAGAGGAUGACCAUUAUUACACUGCCAUUAACUUCAUGGCCACUCCUGAGCAGACCAACAAAAAUUUGGACAUGUCCAUCAACGCCUCAAACAACUUCAAUCUCAACAUCACUUGGUCUGUUGGAUCAACAGCUGGUACUAUUUCCGGAGAGGAAGUCCCCAUUGUGUCCAAGACCAACAUUAAAGAGCACAGGGACAGCUUCUCUUGUGAAAAGUUCAGCUUCCGCAGCAAUCCCAACAUCACCUUCUACGUCUAUGUCAGCAACUUCUCCUGGCCAAUCAAAAUUCAGAUUGCCUUCUCUCAGCACAACAGCAUCAUGGACCUGGUGCAAUUCUUUGUGACAUUUUUCAGUUGUUUUCUGUCUUUAUUGCUGGUAGCUGCGGUGGUGUGGAAGAUCAAACAGACCUGCUGGGCAUCGAGGCGGCGGGAGCAACUGAUGAGAGAAAGACAGCAAAUGGCAAGUCGCCCCUUUGCAUCAGUUGCUAUGGCACUGGAUGUUGGAGGUGGCCAGGUGGACCUGCUGCAGGGAGGAAUUGAGGGUCCUCCCAAACCCGUUGCCAUGGAGCCGUGUUCAGGAGGGAAAGCUGCGGUUCUGACGGUGCUCCUGUGCCUUCCACAAGGACCAUCAGGGGUUCCACCACCUGGACAGUCAGGUAUUGCCAUUGCCAGCGCAUUGAUCGACACCUCUCAGCAGAAGCCCAUGGACUUUAAAGAAAAGAAUCAGGGCUUGAAAAACCGCAAAGCUCUGCCCACUGCUCACCAAGGCACGUGUGUUUGAGAGACCCGUGGCCUCGUCUUUCCGGGCUGCUCCUUUACCAGAGUGUCCUGCUCUGAUCCACGGCUGCAGACCACUGGCAGCUUCUGUGUCUGAAGAGAGACCCCCAGUGAUGGGAUUUAAUAGAGUAGCAGAGUGCUUUUUUUUCUCCUUCCCUACAGCCAACACACACUGUAACACUAUAGGCCACCGCAACACUAUGCUUAUCCGGCCCCAUGUGCAGCUUCACCUGUGCUUCAGUACCGCCGCUCAGCACCACUUCAGUCUUUCAACACUUCAACUGUGUCUCAAUUUCCAGCACUCAGUGCACUUCUUCUGCACAUGCUCACUGCAGCUCUCCUAUGUCAAAGGCUGGACUUUCAACACCUUCAGAUUCCGGUCUGGCUAAUUCCGCGACUCCCGACUGCACUCUGCAGGCCCGAGCUGUGAGACCUCACGGCAACUACCAGCAGCACUUCAGCCUCUUUUGCUGAAUUGCAGUCAAUGAAAGGGUCUGCUCCACUGACUCCCACCCUCCAUUCAGAGCCUCAGUAACUGGCCAGACACUGAUGUGCCUCUGGCCUCGUUUGUACUUUCAGUGAAUGAAUAUGUCCCCACACUGGGGGUGUGGUGGCAGAGCAGAGGAAGUGUAUGAUACAUGUUGCGUACCUAGCGCUAGAGCUUUUUCCAGCUCGUUUAUGGACUAUUGAUGGUGGUGCUGUAUGUGGGUGAAAAUCUCAUUUGUUUGCUUGCUAGGUAAACAGCCUGUGUUUGAUAAGGAGCUUCUUAAUCACAAUUAUUAAAUGCAUUUCCAGCCAUUUGGCUGAUUUCCGUCAAAGCCAGCAAAGAGAAGAGUCUGCCAUUCACAGCACAGGAAGGCUGUUAGGUUUUAUUUAAGCUAAUGAAGUUGGUUGAAUAAGAACCACUUUGUUAGGAACUGAUCAUUUUUAUUAAAAAAAAUCCAUUAUUUGCUAGCGAAAUCUUUUUUCACCUCUCUGCUGUUCCAGCACAGUUUUGCAUGAACUGCACAUUAGCUGCUUUAAAACAGUUUUUAAGAAGUUGUAAGUCACUAAGCGCGUCUUUAUUCAGCUGGGUAUUACAGAUCGGAGCCGAGUGUACAGCCAUUCCCAGCCCACCAAGUAGCUGCACAGUGUAUAGCAUCCUGAGGAGAGGGGUUAUGUAAGAGACCACAGGUGGGUUUUGAAAUGGUCCAAGAACUGGAACAGCAGUUACAGAAACAGAAGUGUUACGAGAUGAAUCUGGAGACUUUUAGAAUUGUACAAAUGUAAUAAUACAGGGGCUCGGUGCCUUUGUUGUAUAGUACUCUUGAUAUAUACUGCUAAGAAUUAGGCUACUAGAAGAGCUUUCAUUGUUAUUGGUAUAUUUUGGUUUUCGAUAUUUUUUUUCUUCUUUGUUUUGAAAUGGCCCACCUGGUACAGAUUCAGACUAUGUUAAGAAUUGAAUUUCAUUAUUGACUUAUAAUGUAAUUUUGGACUCCUAAGUUUCACACAUUGUGAAUGAAGAAGAAGAGGAGGGCCUCUUGGACAAGGGCAAAUUUCAUCCACUGAAAACCUGUUUCCUCCAGCCCCUCCCCACUCUGCUCCUGUACAGCUGUCUGUCCUGAUGACGUCCCACCACAGGAGGCUGUUCCCAGCCAUUCCCAGCGUUCUCCCAGUGCUCUCCCAGCCCGUGCACUUUGUCCCGGAGGCUGUGAGAGAACUCCUACGAUGCUGGGAGAAGCACAGGAGAUUUACAGGGCCUGAGAAGGAGAACUGUUUAAUAAUGACCUUAUAUAAUGUCCUCCAGGAUCAUGGCGGGAGAGUGAACAGGGCCCUUCCCUUCACGUGUUUGUGGUACAUGGAUCAGAACAUGUGAAUCAAAUGUGAAUCACUCUGUUGUUCUUCAUCUAGCUCUUUCAAUGUUUCCUUCAUGUUUUCGUUUGUUUUUUUUUAUUAUUAUUAUUAUUAUUAUUCUAAUUAUUCACUUCUUUGAUGUUUCUAAUAAAGAAUAUAAAAGGUCAUUUAUUUAGGGACCAUUCAUUGUAUAAUACUUAUGAUGAUAAUGAUUAUGAUACUGAUGAAGAAAAACCAUGUCUUUUACAAUGUUUGUGAAAAAGAACUGUUUUGUUUUGAUAACGGAUUCCUGUGUAAUACCUCUGUUAUAUUAUAACUCUAGUCAUUGAAGUCAUGUAGCUAGCUUCAGUGACCACUUCUGUUUUUGUUUAUAUUUUUAUUCUUAUAGUGUACACAGCUGCAGUUUGUUGUAGCUGCUCCUGUAGAAUAUUUUUGGGCAUUUGUAGUUCCAUUUGCGAGUAACGUAUGAAUAUGAACCACAUUUUUAAUAUGAUCCAUGUUUUAUUUGGAAAGCACCUGUGAAUGAGAGUAGUAGAGUAUGCAGUUGUACCACAGUGUACGGUCUUAUUACACAGGAAUCAUCUUUCACUGUAAUGUCAUAGAGAAACGGAUGAAUGAUGCAUUCAUUCUUCGGUGCAUAUCAUUAAUCCUCAUUGUAUUUUAAAGAUGGACAAAAAAAUAAAACUGUUGAAUAUUCAUA